AUGGAUAACCGGACAUUCAGACACAGCAUUCUUCUAGUGGAGGGAAUUCACGUUACACCUCAGUCUACCUAUGUUGUUUUCAGCCUGCUUCUUUUGGUUUAUAUCUUUAUAAUGGUUUCCAAUAUUGCACUUGUAAUUCUGAUCUCAACAGAGAAGAAUCUUCAUCAUCCUAUGCAUUUCCUGUUCUGUAACUUGCCAUUGAACGACAUAUUAGGGACCACUGUCAUUUUGCCACGCUUAUUGCAGGACAUUUUAAAAGAAGGUUCAGAGCGCUACAUCACAUAUGUGGAUUGUGUAGUUCAAGCCUAUUUCGUGCAUAUUUUUGUAGCAGCAUGCCACCAUGUUCUUAUGAUAGGACUCACUGUGCGCCUGUCUCACUGCAGAUCUAAAAUUGAAAACCCUUUCUGUGACAAUGCCUCUCUGUUUAAACUGUCCUGUGAGGAAGGUGUUGUUGUUAAUAAUGUGUAUGGAAUCCUUUAUACUGUGGUUUUAUUUUCUUUCUCAAUUUUGUCUGUAUUCAUAACAUAUGGAAAGAUUGCUAAUGUAUGCAUAACCAGCAAAAACAAAGCACUCAACAGCAAAGCCAUAAAAACCUGCAGCACUCAUUUAGCCGUUUAUUUAAUCAUGUUGGUUUCUGGCUCCACUUUUAUUUUUCUUCAUCGUUUCCCUCUCUACGCUGAGAGCAGAAAACUAGCUAGUAUACUGUUUCAUAUUGUACCACCAGGAUUAAAUCCAUUAGUAUAUGGUUUACAAACCAAAGAAAUAAGACAGAAAUUUGUAAAAUUUUGGUGCAGAGUAAAAGGAAAGUCUUGA